GCGGCGCGGGCUAGACGCUUCGGAGGCUGGAGGACUGCGGGCAGCAGGAGUGCAGGCCGGAAGCCGAAGCGCGCGUGCGCACCGGCUCUCACUGUCCUUAUCGUCGGCCAAACUCGCGCGGAGCCAGUUCUCGCGGGAUAGCGAGUUGCUUCUCGUCUCCCACUCCCGUCCGCCUGUUCCCUUGAGUACUGGGCGCUAUAGGUCGUGGGGGUGCUUUAUCGUUUCCACCCCGGGUCCACCUUGUUGCUUGGUUACGUGACAACCGUCCAUCUUGCCUACUGCUCUGUGCGCCCCACGAGGGCUCUUCUCGGCCCCGGCGGCCCCCGGGACGCUUCUGCCACUCGCCGGUGUAGGACAGGCUGAGCGGCCCGGGAGCGCGCAGGCGUGGUAGCUCCGGCCGCGCUUCCGGGACGACGCCGUGGGACACUUUUGGCGCCGGCAGCGGCGCGAGUGAGGACGGCGGCCCGGAGGGCGCGGCCCAGCGCUCCGCGUUCUGGGUCCCAGCGGCGCCAUGCGCUAUAACGAGAAGGAGCUGCAGGCGCUGUCCCGGCAGCCGGCCGAGAUGGCAGCUGAGCUGGGCAUGCGGGGCCCCAAGAAGGGCAGCGUGGUGAAACGGCGGCUGGUGAAGCUGGUGGUCAACUUCCUCUUCUACUUCCGGACGGACGAGGCGGAGCCCGUUGGAGCCCUGCUGCUGGAGCACUGCAGAGUCACUCAGGAAGAGCCCAGCGGCUUCUCCAUCAGCUUUCUAGAGGACCCAGAGAGAAAGUAUCACUUUGAGUGUUGCAGUGAGGAGCAGUGUCAGGAGUGGAUGGCUGCUCUGCGUCGAGCCAGGUGGGGUGCGUCGAGCCAGUUACGAGUUCAUGCGGAGGAGCCUCAUCUUCUACCGGAAUGAGAUCCAGAAGAUGACUGGCAAGGAUCCCCUGGAGCAGUUCGGCAUAUCAGAGGAGGCCAGGUUCCAGCUGAGCGGCCUGAAGGCAUGAGUCUGGGUGUGGGGCUCCUCAGCUUUCCUGCUGGGGGCUGGAUGAACCCUCCCUGGGUCCCCGGUUUCUUGGCCAAGCCUGGAUUUGUCGUGGGAGGUGUCUUGGUUUACAGAUUUUAAAAGCCCCAGGAUCCGCAGGGGCUGCCUUUUUGAAGAAACCAUCCAGCAAGCCCCUUCUGGAUGCACUGGGACCCACUGGACUGUGGCACCUCAGUGCCACAUGCUGCUGCCAGGGGACAGGUGUCCCCUCCCAGGAGCUGUGCCCAGCCCCUUGGGUGCGUCCAUCCAAGCCUGGCAGGUGCCUGAGGCUGGUGCAACUCUCCUGCCCCGUGCAGGCUGAAUGUACAACAUUAGGUGAUGCUGUGAAGGGCGUGGGCCCAUGCUGGGGCUGCUGUGAAUUCUCCUGCUGAAGGGGCAGGCCCCGGCCAGACGCCUCUGGGCAGAGCUGGAAGGUGCGCCUUUCGGGUGGCCAGUUUGUUCUGUUCAAAUAAAGGUACCUCUUUUUCACACGGGACGGCGGUGCAGUGAAUGCAGAGAGGGACCUCUGUCCUCCGCAGGCUGCCGGUCCCGCAGAGUCACAGCGGGGUCCUGAGGGAAGUGAAGCCCUGCCCAGGUUCAAGGUUUAAGUGGCCAGUAGGAACAGAGGAGAGGAGGCCUAGAACCCAGAGCCAGGAAAGGUGGGGAGGCUGCGGCCCAGCCCACAGGGCCUCUGGGACUCACAGGCCUCCCUCCGAGUGCAGGCGGGACUUCGGGAAGGGUUUUGUUGGUGGUGUGAAAAGUACCCAAGCAGUCGGUUUCAGUUAGUCAAGGAGGAGGCCCACCCUGGGUGGGCCUGACCUAGUCAGGUGUUGGCCCUGAAGGAGAGGCUGGGCCUCCCUGAGGUGGGGCUCACUGUCUGCUGUGGUCACAGGGCCUGCCUUCCGGAGCAGGUGGGGCUUCUGCUGGGAGUGACCGUCCUCCCCAACUGGGGAUGGCUAUCACGGCCCGGGACCCUCUUUGCGCUCCAGGACCUUGCCAUGUCACGGUCGGGAAGAAACACUGCCACCAGACCAGGUUCAAGUGAAAACAGGUAUUUUAUUACAGCGUCUACAGGUGGAAACGCAGUGCAGUGGGGUUCCCUUGGGAAGAGGGAGUGGAGCCAGCGCCCCAACUGAAACAUAAGCUACCAGAACAAGAAAACAAAGCCCGUCUCCGUUACAAACCAAGGCAGGGAUGCGAGAGCCAGCGUGGAUGGAUGUGUAAAUGAGAACAAACAGUCCUAACUGUAGACGGGCCGGCUGGCAGGAUAAAUAAGGGCAGGGGGGGUGGGGGCUGGUUCUUAAAUAGGUCACGAUUCAUAGCUGAACAGAGAACGCAUCCCCUGACUGGAGGCUGUCCUAGUUGUUAGGUUUUCCUGAGCAAAGCGACAGCAGCCGUCAGACCUGGAGCACCCGCGUCGGCAGCAGCGGUGGGGCUCCCGCAGGGCCGCUCCCCACGCACGCCAGCCGGCGCCCUACUCCCGUGGCUGGCGUCAGCAGCGGCGCUCAGGCUGGGACCGGAGGGUGGGUGUGGAGAGGCCGAGCUGGGCCCCGCUGUGGGGCAGGCCCUGCGCGGGUCGUCCGUCCCCUGGUGCCUGCGCGUGCGUGCAGAGGACAGACGCGGCGCGGUGGUCCUCCCGAAGUGAUGCAGUGUUUGUGUACAGUGUCCUUUGUUCAGAUGGGGGCUCCGCUGGCAGCGCCGUAGCUUUCUCGGGAGCCCUGUGUUCCUGACACGGGGAGGGGAGCCUCUUGGAGAGGCCGGGGGCCGGGGGUCAGGACAGCACCGUCGUGCACUGGGAGCACCGACCUGGGGGGAAGGGGGGCAGGGCGGGCGGUCACAGGAGGAAGGCUCCGUCUCUAGCCUGAUUGCUGCCCCACACAGUGUAGAGGUGGCUGCAGGCAGCGCACUGGCCCGCUCUGACCCUUGUGGCCUGCGUCCCGGGGGUCAGGAAGCGGGGCCGGGCCUCGGCCACCACACCGACCCCACUCAAGGGCAGGCAGAGGACCCGUGGCGUCCACCUCUGAAGGGUAUGUGGAGUCGGCCAGGCCGGGGAAGGCUCACGUUAGGCCACCACACAGAGGCCCACCCUCCCGCGCUCCUUGACGGGUGCCGCCUGGGUGGCAAACACCUGAGGAUGGGGCUCCGACUGCCCACGCUCAGCCCUCGCCGGGGCGCCCACCUUUGGCCGAUGUUGGCCCUUUCGGGGGACCGAGAGCUUCUCGGGAGGCACACAGACAACAUUGCCCCACCCAGGGACCCAGGACCAGUCACAGGUGCUGUGCUCGAGGGACCGAGAACCCUACCGGCCACCUCGGAGCCUCAGGGAGCAGCCCUCCUGCCCGGCCACCCCAAGCGCAUCCCUUCCCAAGCACCACCGUGGCCGCUCGGGUGGAGCAGGUGUCACCUCAGCAGGGUGGGCAGGAGGGCCCUGGGCCAGUGCCGCUGUGCACUUGAACAGGCGGGAGAGUUUCCCCUCACUUUCCUUUCCUCCUUUUCUCUUUAGUUUACUGUGUAUUCGUCAUACAGUCUAAAAAUAAAUGAAGUCCGUCUAUGAAAUUUAUAAAUUUUCAUCAUCUCUCUAUAAAAUACUGUCACCUGUCAGCGUGACUCCCUUGUAGACAAAGCAGGCACCCACAACUAACCCGCCUGCGUCCCCGGCCACCACAGGAGCCGACCCUGCGGGGGGGGGGGGCUGCGGCGUGAGCCCAGGGCGAGCAGAGACGUACAAAAGUAAAUGCACCUGUCACACGAGUGAGCCAGGCAGGCAGGCAGCAGAGUCGGGUACCAGACCCUCCUCACAAGCACCACUGAGAACGGGUCCCCUCCUCGAGGCUCCGCCACCGCAGCCUUGCCGCGCAGGACUGCCGUUCCGAUGCCAAAGGCGCCAUCCCGAGGGCUGAGCCGAGGCCGUUCACAGUGAUGGCGGGGCGGGGCGGGGCGGGCCUCCACCGAAGACGCCGCCUUUGGUAUGGGAAGAGCGGCGGGAAUGAACACGCCAGGCGCUAGGACCUGGCGUUGGCGUGGUCAACCUCGAGAGUCAGCACCAAGAGCACGUGGAGGCGCGAGCCUGGCGACGAGAUAGCACCGGGCCGGCUGCCAGCGUCUCCGCGGUGGGCCGGUCCUUCGGCGAUGUCUUUACAUAUAUUCUCUCAUAUAAUAUAGUAUCUACAUCUCUCGAUAGGUUGCCUUCACGACUUCGGUGAAAUAAAAUAAGUCAAAAUUGUUUAUACUUUUUAAAAAACGAUAAAUACUUUAUCUAAGACUAUCGACAGUACAGGCUGGAGCCAGGCCCCAGCGCGCCGUCUCCGCAGCUGUGCGCGGCGCUGAUUCACAGUAGAGCCUGUCCUCUGGCCUCCAUCCGUCCUCGCCGUCCUGCGGGGGGCCCCGCGCCGCCAGCCCGCCCCAUCCUUGCAUAGUCUCGCGGUUGAGGUAGAAAUCCUAGUUACCUGCGGACACGGCGCGGGAGGAAAGGCAGCAUAGCGUUAGCCUCGCGCCCAGACGAGCCCGUCGCACCCCCAGGCCAGGGCGCCAGAGCCACCUACGGACGGACGGACGGACGACAGACGGCAGACGAGGUGGUGGCAGCACCCUGAGCCACGCCUCUGGGCCCUGUCAGAGGCAGGAGGUCCUGUCCCCAGGCCCUUCCAGUGCGUGUGGGGCGCUGGCUGGGUCCUGGCCUCCCCUCCUCCCCAGGAGACCCUCCCCGGUCCCCACGCCGGGCAGCGCUCCAGGACAAGCCUGCAUGCCCCAGGAGUGAGGCCGGCGCGGCCAGGACGGCAGGCAGGCAGCGUCCACUGUGGGCCUGGUCCCCGACCUCCCAGUGCACGUCUGCCCUCUCCAAGCUCCUCUGACGGCGCGAGGCCACUGCAGGCUGAGCCGCCCUACCUUCUGGGCUUUUCCAACAACCGAGGCACAGCCCAUCCCCAGGCCUCGGGUAGGGCUGUCCACUGACCUGCACCCUGACCAGGAGGCCGUCAGACUCCAGCGGCCUCCCAUCUGUUUCCACUUAAAAACACAACAGACAGCCAAGGACAGCAGGCAGGCAGGACCCCCGCUCCAUUCCUGGCCCCAAGGGGAUGUGGACAUGGCACCAGCAGUGGCCAGGCCAGCUGCACCGGGGCCCAGGACCCUCCCUGGAGGCCUCGCAGACACCUGCCCCCUCCAGCUCCCGAAAGCGGGCCCUUCCUACGCUUGUCUCCGCUGACCCCCACACGGACGGUCUGAAAGGCAGCCCGUGCGCCUCGGAGGCCGGAGGAGCCGGGCCUCGGCCACAACUACAGAGCCCCGCCACCGGCCCGGCGUUCCUGCCUGUGGGGCUGGCGCCACACUCACCCUGCUGCCCAUCGGCCCCUGCAGGCAGGCCCUCUAGCUAAGGAGCCCAACAAACGCGACCCCCACGUCCAAAAGGCCUGCCGUGUACCAGGUGCCUUAAACGCGUUGAGCUCUCCCCAAACCCUCAUAAGGCGCGUUUAUGGAAACGGGCUGAGGGGCCCAAGAGCGCACACAAAGGCAAAGCUGGGAUCCUGAGCUGCCCCCAUGACCCCACGCCGGGGCUGCCCAGGUCCCAGGCUGCUGCAGACGCCAAGCCUAGGGCGGCGGCAAGCUCGAGCUAGGCUCCACCCGGCCAGGACGCCAACCCUGACUGACUGACUCCUCCUGGCCCCCUCCCUGGGCGACCUGGGGGGAGGGUCCACCGGCAGCGGCGGAGGGGGCGGGGCCAGCCACACCCUCCCUCUCUCUGCUCUCGCCGCCCGGGUUCCCUUGCCUCCCUGGCUCUUCGCCUUCGCACCUCCCGGCCGCAGGAGAGCAACCUUGGCCCCCGGGCCCCUCCACGGAGCCCCGCGGGCCCGCCUGUUUUCUGCAAAGGAAGGUCAGUUCAGGUUCUCGUAUGGGCCGCCUGGUCGAGCUCUAGCCUUACCUUACAGAAUACGAACUGCUAGCUAAGCAAGGUCUUUAUCGCGGCUUAACCCCCGCAAGGCGCGCGGCAUACGGAGGUGGCAUGCCAAGGGAAACCCACACGGCGGGCGGCCCCGUGGAGCUGGCCUGCGGGAUCACGGGCGCGGCCUGGGCCAGGGCCAGCCCGGGCAGGGGCGGGUGGUGCACCGUGAAGGAGGGGCGGGACACCUUGUGCGGAAGUGAGGCGAGCUUGAUGGACAGAGAGGCGUUAGCAGGCGGCACAGAGGCAGCAGAGGAGGCAGGUAAGAAAGCUUGGUUAGCUGGGAGGGACGCGAGGUUCUGCAGGAGCACGGGCUCAGAGUUAGCCGGGAGCAGCGCGGGGGGCGGAGGCAA